AUGCACACACCGCGGAAGCUAACCCCUCAGUCCACGAUCUUCUACCCGACAGAAUUGUUCACGCUGAUGGAAGAAUCACCGCCUCCAGUCCCGCCCAAAGACCCCAAAUACGCCUCGGUGUCCUCACGCAUGGAGCUCGAUCGACCGCCCACUGCGCCCACGAGCGGCUCGAAGCGCAAGCGAGAAGUGCAUCUGGAGACGUACACCGACAAUGACCUCUCCGACGACCCAGCCUACGCCGACCAGCCUACCCCGAAUAAGCGCAGCAGAUCUGUCCGCCAGAGCGACAACUCUGCCUCCGAAGAUGCGGCAGGGAAGCCGCGUAACAUCCGGCGCAAGAAGGGUCCGAAUAAUCUGUCCUACAUGAAUCUGAGGCAUGCCGCCAAGCAGCAAGCUUCGCAGAGGACGCUGAGCAAAGAGUCGAAGUUUCAAGAAGGCAGCCUCACAGACAAGCCGAGCGACAGGCCGCCCAGCAUCUUUAUUCGCAGUGCCAGCUCGAACUACCGCGAUGAUGAUCAGCUCAUGGAAGACUACCAUGACGGCAGGCCAACGCCCAGAGCUUCGAUCGACGGAGCUGGUAUGGUCGCUGGACGCUCUGGCGCGGAGUACCAGUUGCAGAGUGCUUUGAUGGCCGACAAGAAAGAGGAGGCACCCGGCUUCUUCCACUUCGGCCGCCAGCUCGCAGCUACCUUCCACCCGACGACCCUCUGGCGCAGGCUGUGGCAUGAGCCGAAAGAGGACGUAGCACAGCACACCGAAGAUGGGCGCAAGGCGCAGCAAAAGUUGGAUGCCGAGGCCAAAUAUGCUAAGAUGAAGAAGUCGGGGCAGCUGAAGUUGCAGCCAGUCGGCAGGCUUGCAUCUGACAACAUUGGCGACGGGCUGGAGACACCUCGCGAUUCUGGCGUCGAGAUCGAUAGCCUGGACACCACUCGUAGCAACCUCCGGGCGUCGACCUUCCUUCAGGCAGGCGACUCUGAAAGCGAAGCACCGGAUACCACGAGCAAGACGAAGACCGUCCGUGGUCGCUUUGGCCACUUCAAGAAGCCGUCUCUUCACAACAUCAAGAGCGACCUCAAGCGGGUGACAUCCGACAUCAACCUUACAGCCACACUCCGCAACCGCGAAUCCUCCUCUUCAAUUUCACCAGUCAAGCAAGACUUUGGCUCCGCAAGUCUGAAGCGAUCAGAAUCCAAGUUCGACCUCCGCAAGCAACAGAAGCUCUCCAAGCGCGUCAGUGAUCUGGAAGUGAAGCUCGCACGUGCUAGAUCUGAACUCGACGACGCGCUCGUGGAGGCGUCUCCCGCGCCCAAAUUGACCGGCAGGUACGAGAGAUUCACACCUUCGGCAACGAUUAAGAGACCAAAGUUCAUGCCCGGCAAGCUACCAAGUCUGCCUAGUGAGCGGAUCUUGAUGGCUCAAGAGGCAGCUGCCGAGAAAGAGGCAAGAGGCAGCACUGAAGGUGAAGGGCGGCAGCUCACUUUGAAGGAGGCUCUUGAUGAGGCGGCUGAGGAAGGUGCGAAGGACGACACUAUCAAAGCAUCGCGUGGGCUUCAGAAGUAUCCAAGACGUGCUUCGAGUCUUUUCAAUCUUGACGAGAUCAACCACAACAGUGAGCUCGAGAAACCUUCAGAUAAGACUACCACCAAGAACAGCACAAGCAACGACAUCGAGAUGACUGGCACCGAAGAGCAAGUGAAGCCUACCACGACUGAGGUCGUCGAAACCGCUAAGAUGGACAACAAUGAGACGGCCGACACGACGACCGACGACACCACUUCUGCACCAGUGAAGAAGACCUAUGCCUCCCUGGACGCGAAGCUGAAGGCUCUCGAUGCGAACGUGAAGAGCGCGCGUAAAGCUGCUCAGCCGAAGAAGCGCAAGUCAGCCGCCAACGAUGAGGACAAGCCAUUCAAGCCCGGGCGGAACGAUUCAGACGAUGAUGCCGAGUGGGAGGAGGCUACGCCGAAGAAGAAGCGCAAGUCCGCUCACGGCAGCAGCCCGCAGACGAAGCGUUCAGGCGACGGCAAAGUGAAGGCGUCUUCGCCGAAGAACAAGAAGACUACUGCUCUGGGUGGCAGCGGAGAGUGGUUCGGUACUUCACCCGAGGGGAAGCGCAAGGACAGCAAGCAGACCGACAGCAGUGACAAGGCUGCGCCAGCAGAGCCCGAAGCCGACGCACCGACGAACGGCAACGCAGCAGCACAGCAAGAAGAGUCCAGCGCCGACGAAGGUGCCGCCCUCGAAGACGACACCCAAGCCGAAGCCCUUGACGUCGUCUACGAAGAAGAAGAAGCCCCCGGGCCAGAAGAGACGCUCUUCACCCGCGCCGCCGACGCCGCCAAAGCCCACCCCGCCCGCAACGGCGCUGUGAAGAGCCUGAGUCCGCCGCCGAAUGCGCGCUUCUCCAAGACCGUGGCGGUUGACGAGGUAGUCAAGGUGAAGCCGGGUGUUGGGGGCGUGCCGAAGCUGCCGAAGGGCGCGAUUGGGAGUUUUGAGACGCUGCCGGGGGUUAGGGAGGAGGAGACGGAGACGCAGACGGAGAAGGUGAUUGUGGGGACGGAGGUGGUGACGAGGAAGAGGGCGAGUUUCGAGUGGCCGGAGGAUGUGUUCUGA